AUGGCUGAUGUGGCUGCACACAGGCAAAAGCUUCAGGAUGAGGAAGAAUCGCAUAAAAGGAAACAGCAGGCUAGUGCUAGCAUAGAUAUAUUCAAACAUACAGCUCAGACGUAUGCCGCCGAUGGUGUACGUGGCGAGGCAGAAAAGCGAGCGUUUGACAUGGAACGUAAGAGACAGCGGGCUAACGAUAUCUACGAUGCAGUCAAGGGUGAACAAUUAGUUACUGAUGAAGAUCUUGGGUCGAUAGGGAUGGAGGGACGUGUGCCGCAUGGUCAGACUCUGGACAGUAUGGUUCAGGCAAAGAGAAAGAAUGACCUUCUCAAUGACGACUAUUACAACGGGCUAAAGCAGAGUUAUGAUGCCGCAGAUAGACUAAGACAAACCGCUCAUGAUAUAGAAAACCUAAAAGAAAUGGAUGCUUACAAGAAUCAGGCUGCGUUGGAU